AUGCGUCAUGGAAACCAAAAACAAGCACCUGGAAAACCGCAUGUACGCACCAAAAUGAGCACCAAGCGUAAAGCCUCAGAAAAUCUCCAAGUUGCCAGUGGCCCAAAGAGAGCCUUAUUCAAAACUGUCAAAGACAUUGGUGGAGUCCUGGGGGCAAAAAAUCUUGGAACAUUACCGAGAAAUGAAAGACAAAUUAAGUAUUUAAAGAAAACUGAUGAAACAAGAAACUCGGAAGGUUCUAGGGAUCCCCUUGCCACUGUCAUGGAAUUGCAAAAAGCUGUUUUACCAGGUUUCAUUCGUGAUGUGGUUUGUAAUGAUUUACCAACAGUUAUUUUGUUCACUGACCAGCAGAUUGACAAUCUUGUCAAGUUUUGUUCUUUGAAAAAGGAAGAGUUUGUUUCAGAACUUGGGGUGGACUUGACCUUUCAGCUUGGACCAUUUUAUCUUCUGGUGACAAGUUACAAAAACACUCUACUUGAAGUAAAGGACAGGAGGUGUUCACCAUCCUUUUUGGGUCCUAUGAUGAUCUGCCUGACGAAAGACUAUCAAACGUAUCUGUCAUUUGUCCAUCGACUAGUUAGAGAAGUCCCGGGUUUUGCACAAUACCUCCAUGUUUAUGGAACAGACAAUGAGGAUGCUCUAGUUAACGCCCUUGCUGCAGGUUUUCAUGGGUCAUUUCACCUCCUACGUUACAUUCACUGCGAGAAGAAUGUCCAGCAGAAAAAUGAAACAAACUGGUUUGUCAGAGAGGCUAACAAGGCGUUCUUGUAGUGACUUGUUUGGCAGAGGUGGCUUGGUGUGGUCUCAGUCUGAAACAGAAUUUGAAAAAAAAGAUAUCACAUCUUGUUGAAGAAUGGGAUUCACUUGAGAGGAGUGAGCGCCAAGGAGAGCCCAAAUUCUCUACAUACUUCUUGGAAAACAAGAAGCAAGAUAUGAAGAGUAAAAUGUGCAAGUUUGUGGUCAAGGACUUGGGAGUGGGUGAUGGCCCAUACAACCGGAACAUCCCUGAAUCAGUGAAUGGUCUUCUCAAAGACUGGAAUAAUUUCAAGCCGCAAGAAAUGGACAAGCUGAUCCUUGCCCUUUAUGAUCUAGUUCAGAGUUUUAAUGAGGAGGAAGAGCUAGCGUGGUUUGGCCUCUCAGAGAAAUGGGAAGUACGAAAAGAGUUUCAGCACCUUCGCCCCAAACCAUUCAGUAGCCUCUCGCCAGAAGAGAGUCAGACAGAAAUGUCUAGGGUGCGGCGCAUCAGGCCAGAUGCAGUUGCCUAUAAGAAGUGUCGGUCGUUUAAGUUU